AUGUCCAAUCCCAGAAAGCGCCCGCGCGACGAGCGAAAUGAGGAGUUCAUACGAUAUGUUCGGCAAGAAUCGCAACCGGGACUCGACGGAAACGACAUUGUGACCAGGUUCGUGAGCCCUGCAGUUACGGCCAAAUGGUGGAAGAAAAGUGGCCAGCGAAGAUUAUCUCGAGCCAUCGAUCGCAACAUCCACGCUCUCCCCACGACGAUUGAGAAUGGUUACUUGAACAUUUUCUCCAUUUUGGUGUACAUCAGUAGGACAUACCUCAUUAACAACUUCACUUCCAAUGGUUAUCAGGACCAGCAACUACCAUUACUCAAUGCGCGAUGUUUCGGCGAUGAUCCUGCACUUGUCGACGACAUGAAUGAGUUUUGCGAGAAUCAAUGGAUGUUCUGCCCUCUGAUGUUCUCGAGACAUACCCCCAUGGAUAAGCGAUAUAUCGAUCCUCGGCAAAUAUUACCUAUCAAAACAACCUUCACGAUAACAACUGAUUCGAACCACUCCAAAUCAAUUAUCAGAGUUGUGACCUUGUACCCUGAAUGCUUCGAUCGCGAAUGGAGUCCAACUGGUACUGUCGUCUUUAAAGAGUACCGCACACGAGAAAGAGAAACUUUGCGAGAUGCAUGGAUCAAGGAAUACAAUGCAUUCGCCGCGAUCGAGUCUUGUGAUUACAUUGUUAGAUAUCUUGGUUCAUUUGAACAGAAUAACCGCUGUUUCAUGAUCCUAGAGCACGCGAGCGAAGGUAGCCUUCUCGAACUGUUCAAGCGCAACGAAAGACCAGUUACUGAGGAAGAGCGGCGGUAUUUCUUAUACGGCUUGAUGGGUCUCACCAAAGCAAUCGACAAGAUACAAAACCUUGGAGGCGGCCCUAGGAAUCAACGGACAGGAUUUGCUCACCGUGAUAUCAAGCCUGCCAACAUCUUGGUAUUCCCUGGUCAAGAUGGGCGGUACUCGUAUGGCUUCCGAAUGAAGCUUGCUGAUUUUGACACUGCGACACCCAGUCGGCCAAUAGAUGAGGAUGAGUCCAGUUUCCAGGAUAAUGACGGAAACAGGACAUAUUGUUCCCCCGAAGCAACCAGACUCUACAGGGAUCAGGAGAAGGGUUUUAUGCAGGUUCCAGUAGCCUCCGAUGUCUGGUCUCUUGGUUGUGUCAUCAGCGAAGCAAUUGUCUGGGUUGCUGGCGGGACUGCUGCACUUGAUGAAGCUGCCAGCGAUCGCAGAAGGGAGAUACUGACACAUUGGCCACUUCUUGCCGAUGGCAGCUUUGGCGAAUGUUUCCAUAACAGUUCCACGGCGCUUACUUGUGUUGUGAAAUCACAUUCAGCUGCGCUAGAUGCGCUACAAGGUCCUAUUUUCCUCUCAAGAAAUGUCUGCAGCCUCGUCGAGCAUUGGAUGCUUGUGCCAUAUCGAGAAAGACAGUCCCCCAUCCUUAUCUGGAAAACCUUUGAGAGAAAUUACCGGGAAAUCUUUCACCCUGCUCCCCUCUUAGGUCAUCAUAGCCCGCCUCUCUUACCUCAACCCGGCUUCCACAACACCCCUAUACUCACCCAGUCACCCAUGAACAUGACCGAGUCGUUAUUUCAGCCAGACCGGUCUCCUUACCAGCGGACGCCCUCCCAACCGGGACCUUCGCGCCAGAUCGGUACGGCCUUGGAUCGCUCUGACAUGCACCAGCGAGACUCCCUUGGGAUUAAUACUCGAAUUUCUUCGAAUAACGGAACUCCAAUCGAUCGCCACACAUCAGCUCAAUGGAGUCACAAUGGUUUUCGGGCUCUAUCUGAGCUGGAAGACAAAUCGUCACCUGUGUCAGCGAUAUCUACCAAUGAGCUCAACCUUGGAAACACGUUAGGCUCUCCAAUGCAUCCUAGCAUCUCGUUUUCUGCUCAAGAUAAUCAUUACCAUCCGGUUCCCGACGCCAACAGCCCUGCCGAGACAUCUGCCGACAUUACGAGACUCACUCCGCAGAAACAGAAUGAAGCGGGCAUGUAUGGGGAGCUCACUAUCGACGAUGUUGCCAGUCACCGUAAGAAAAAUGGUAAAAGGGAAUCAUUGGAGGGCUACGAAAAGUUUCGCAAUCGGAUGGGAAAUCGGCGGUUUGUCUUUAUAAUAGACGAUUCUGAGACAAUGCGUGAUAGGGAGCGCGAGGUGAUUAAAGUGUUGGGGGUUUUGGUAUGGCUCGUUAGGAAGAUCGAUCAUUCCGGUCCAGAAAUCCGCUUCACUUCAAAACCAGACAAGAAAUUCCCGAUAGAACGUCGACCUCGGUUUCUUCUCAAGAUGGAAAAAUUUAUCAACCCAGUGCGAGAAUGGCUUGGUGGCAACGACGCUGAGACUCUCUGCAAUAUGAAGCACUCAUUCAACCAGGUAUUCGCAGAUGCCAAUAUGGUGGAUCCCAAACGACCGACAAGCGUUGUUAUCUUGACCGAUGGAAUAUGGGAGCACGGUGGUUCUCUUGAAGAGAAAGGUGUCGAAGCCUGCAUAACGAAGAUUAUCAAGCGGAUGGAAGAUAAGGGUAUUGGCGACACCGCUUUCGCCUUCCAGUUCGUGAGCUUUGGUAAUGAUCCAGUUGGUCUUCGGCGGCUGAAAUAUCUGGACGACGAUGCCCUCUACGGAGGGGAUGAGGAUAACCGGACGAUCAGUGUUAUUGAGUUGGAUUUAUACAAUGUUGUCGAUACGAUUGACGAAACAAGCUAUACUUGGACAGUUCUAGCGCAUUCCCCUGUUUCCCUUCCUGGCUUUUAG